AUCUUACUCGUGCUAUCAAUCGGUCUGAACUCCAUUUCCCAGAUCACCCACCUGUCCUGCAACGAAGAUCAAUUGAAUUAUGUUUCGUUCCCUGACACAGACACUGAGGAAGAAUGGAAGCGCAUCCUGAAAGAAAAGGGGCUUAGCAUUUCGAUCUUUCAUCUAAGAAAGUAGCCUUUACCACGUGAACCAAAUACAAAAGUUUUAGAACAACUAUCAAGAACUGGUGCUACUCCUUAAUAUGUUUUUAUAUUAUGGAAGAACUUACUUGUACUGACAUUUUAUUUUUGUUGAACAAGUUCGGCAAAUCAUGAACAAAAUGUCGCACCAUCACUUCUCGGCGAUGUCUACUUUGGUGCUUCCUAACCGUUAUGGCGGAUCGUCGUCAAGCUCUGGUGCUUCCUCCAGACCCUCAGCAACUUCCUUUUUCCUCAACUGCGACUCUACGUACCAAGUGCGGGAUUUGACUUCUGCUUUGCGUUAUACCAUGACGCCACCCUUGGAGCACGAGUGUGAAUACACGCAGAAACGCUUUGACAUUCUAAGGCGAGAGGUCCCAGAAGUACCGCCUGGAGACAAAUGCAUCGAACGCAGCUACAUCUACAAAGGCGCAUUGGAUCGGUGGUAUAAGUGUUGCACAGAAACACUGGGAUUGAGCGGACUUGUGGAUAUUAUGGGAGUGUGUCUUUAUAUAUAAGUUUGUCUUUUUUAGCGUUCAUGAAAGUAGAUGAUGUCUUGAUUGUGUGCAUCUUGACCGUAGCAGUGAACAAUGUGUCUCAGUCUCCUGUACUCUCCUUCACUUCGUAUCCGCUUUAUACUAGUUCCACCACCGUCCCCAAUUCCUGCUAAGCCCCCUCGUCUAACUCAACCCGUCCCCAAAUGGCGUGUCAGCCUCUGACGCCGCUCGCGAAGCGCGCACAUUUACCCGGGACUGGUCUUGCGCGAUCCAAGCAGUUACAGUGUUUUGAGACACGGCCUGCUGAUCGGAUAACACCUGGUUACGUCAACGAUCCUACCUGCUUCUGUCCUGAAGGUGAGAAUAGUGGCUGUUGGUGUCCAAACCCCAAGACGGAAUGCAUAAACUUAGGAGAUGCUGACCGAAGCAGCUCAUCGACGGGGAAAUACUCGGUGUAUUAUAUACCGUGA